AUGUACUCAUCGUCUUGGGUCAGCCUCAGGCUCAAGAAUCGCAGGGGACACUCCCAAGCUCACCCUAAACAGCAGGUUGACAAUGACUACAGUCCCAAUUGUUAUGUGUUCGGCGGAGGGACCCAGCUGACCGUCCUAGGUCAGCCCAAGUCUGCGCCCUCCGUGUCUCUGUUCCCGCCAUCCGCUGAGGAGCUCGCCAACAACAAGGCCACACUGGUGUGUCUCAUGAGUGACUUCUACCCGGGCAGCGUGACGGUGGCCUGGAAGGCAAAUGGCAGCCCCGUCACCCAGGGCGUGGAGACCACCAAGCCCUCCAAGCAGAGCAACAACAAGUACGCGGCCAGCAGCUACCUGAGCGUGUCCAGCCAAGCCUGGAAGUCCGCCAGCGCCUACAGCUGCCAGGUCACGCACGACGGGAAGACCGUGGAGAAGACAGUGGCCCCCUCGGAGUGUUCCUAGGACCUGAGUCCCCACUUCUGGGGACACUUCUCAGUCAGAGGCUCCCUUCCUCGCUCCCCACUGUCCCCCUGCGGCUCCUGCCCUGGUCGCUCAGACUGGGCAGGUCACCAUCCCUCCCCGUUUCCCCUUCUCCUGAAUAAACUCCUGUCAUUUCUCAUCUGA